AUGAGUUCGAGUGCCUCGCCCGCAUGGAACAAUACCCGCAUCCAAAACCAUGAUGAUAAGGUAUUGCUGGCGCGCUUGGAUCAGUACUUCAAUGCUUUUGUCAGUGCCGAUGCCCAAGGGCUAGAAAGUAUCAUGGCUGAUGAUUAUCACAUGACCGAUAUCCCCCUUGGUGUUGCUAGGUCACCUAAGAAGGCUUGGCUCCAACAAAACAGUGGAUUUAGCGAUCUUCUUACGAACCUCUCAGUUGAGGCCAUUUCGCUCUACGGCAGUUCCGAGCCUGGCUCGUUUUCGGUUAUGGAGCACGUUGUAUGGUUUACAUUGAAGCAUGAUCCUCCUGAAGCAGCUAAGCCCAACCUUCCUCCUGGAAUAAAGAAGGGCGAUUCAUCGGGUAUGAUCAACAUAUCUUUGAUGUGGUGGAAUAGUGAUGGAAAAGUUACCCGCGAACUUGAGUAUGGAAGGAUUUUGUGGGACGGCUUUGAUAUCAAUGCCUUUUAA